CCUCCACACAGUGACAUUGACAUAAGCUGCGUGUUCGCAGGUCAGUCGCAGUAAAUUCCACACCACAUUUUUGAAGAUGCAUUGUUGUGCUGUCACUGUCAGCCUGAAUAUCUUACUGGCUAACUGAACCGGUUAAAAUAGGAUGUCAACAAGUGACGCAGGAGAGUUGGAGCUCAGAGUUGUAGGAGGAGAGACAGAGACGCCUCUGCACAGCACAGCACCAGCUACACGGACUACUACUGCUGCACGAGAACAGGAUGAAUCAUUCGGUGAAAGGUUCAAGCAGGAGAAUCAUCAUCGUGAUGAAACCCCAACUGAGCAGCAGCGUCACCCAUCAGCCGUCAGACAGGAAGAAACACACAAAGCACUAAUAUUAAGGUCGGACAGACUAAGAGAAGAAGAGGCUGCUCAUUGUGGUGAUUCAAAGGUCCAGACCCAGAAGCCCAUUGGACCCAGAUUCUCCUCCUCUCUCCUAUUCAGACUCUCCAGAAAUCCAGGCUUUGAAAAGCCACAGCUCAAGAAGAAUUUAAACUCCUGUCAGCACAGUUUAACGGAAACGCAGACAGCUGAGACUGAGAACAGCUGCUGUCAGGUUAAUGGACAAACGUCACCACCAGAUACCUCAAUAAAGGUAGCCAGUGACUAUCCAUUAUCUGAAAGGAUACCAUUUCCAGCCAAGAAGAAAGAAGAGGUAAUCACAGUUUGCAAUAGACUGGACACAACCAGGGACUUGAGUAUAACUCACAGAUCAAAAGUGUGUAAUGGCUUGCACAUACCUCCAUGUGGGCCACAACCAAGGACUGGCACUAGAUCAGUUGAGUUAGAAGAAGACAUAAAAGACCAUACAAAGCUUGAGAAACACACUGACCCUGUGGAAAGAUCCAACCCUACUAGAACCAUGUUGUCUUCCACUGUGGUAACAGUUCUUGCCCCACACUGGAAUGGCCGACUAAGACGGACCAAAAGACCUGAGGGAACUGGCAAUUCGGAAGCCCAGGGGAAUUUACAAGAUGUGACAAACACUGCGCCAAACCGUUCGCAUGAACGCUUUCAGGAGAGAGUGGACAGGUCAUUGACAGAUGGAUUGCAAGGCCAAUUAAGGGUGCCAUUUCUGGGUACCAGGAGUAAUACAGUGGGCUGGUCAACUAAAAGUGUUCCUGUAAGCUUGGACUAUGACUCUAAAAGGAAAAUGAUUCAGACUGUCUCUUUGGAUGUAAACUCUGGAAGGUUGGACAAUAGAAAAAUGGAUGCAGGUGCUGUAAGCCCUGUACCCACAUCUCCCGUGUCUCCCCUCUCCCUUGACCCAAAUGAACAAAGGAGGAACCCGGAAACUGGUCAUCAAGGAGGACUGUCAUCUUUAAGCUCAAAACCAACAACCAGCAGUCUGCUUCUGUCUUUAAGAAGAUUUCACUCAAAUGGCAGGAACUCUAAUGCAGCCUCCACCCUCUCUGAGAUGAAUCCUCCGCCCCUGAGCAGUUCGCCAAAUGAUCGAGAUGGAAAAUUAUUCGCAACACACCUUUCUCAAACCUUUCUCAAUAAUAAUGGGCCAGACAGGUCAAAGCCCCUCUCUCCAUCGUCCAUUUCUUAUGGGACAACUGACACUGGGCCUAUCCUUUCCCCAUCGCCCUCCAAUCUAAGAGAAAGGAACACAUUUGAAACACGCUUCUUUUCAACUUCACCCAUGAACAAAGAUGUGGAAGAUGGACCAUUUUCCCAACAACCUCAAACAAUGAAUAGGACCCAGUCCAGUCUUUCAUGUUCCACACAGGCAUGUCCAAUUAGAGGACCACUAGAGAGGCAAGAGAACUCCAGGGGCUCAGACAAAAGUACAGAGAGCACUGCCUCUUCUCCAAGACUUUCCCCAUAUGACCGGCUUCCUCUCCUAAAAAAACGAUUCCCUCCCUAGAAGGACCAGCCUGACAUCCACUUCCUGGUGGAAACAAGUUACCCAGGAAGGCAGUUCCCCUCCAACGCUCAAUGAUAUAAUGAACAUCAAAGAAAAAUCAAACACACCCUUAGUUCCACCCUGCAAUGAUAAUAGAGACUUGGCCUCUCCCUCUCCAAGUCCAACUGACAACAGAAGAUUUAUCAGUCAAAUCCCCAAUAACAGAGACAACAAUAACACAGAGUCAGUUCGCAAAGGUAAUAUGAACCUUAUUAUGAAGACACAGGGAGGAACUCACAACCUCAAACAAAGAAAAGCUGAGGAUUCACCUGCCCAUGAAUCAGACAGGCUUGUCAAACAGCAAUAUGCCUCCAAUUUAAACAGAGAACCACAAAAGCCUCACAGUUUGCCCGAUGUUUUGACUAGUUCUAAAAUUAGCAGAGCUACAGAGCAAACAGCACUGACUCAUCCUAAAUAUCUCAGCAGGUAUGAUGUAAAUAAUAGUUCAUUUACAGCAAAUGUAACUGAAUUUCCACCUACAUUGCUAAAUCCCAAGAGCUCAAGUACACCCACUGAGAGCAGCAGCAAGUACAAUAAUAAUCAUUGUACAUCCAAAACCAACAGCACCCCCACAUCUUCACACAACAAGGACUCUCAAAGGUUUACCAAACCACCUAUUUCUCUUGCUACCACCAACACUCACAAUAGUCAAGCUCUUGCCUCUAAAACUACCUCUGGUCCCCCCUAAGCCCAAACACUAAAAUUAGUUCCCCCCUCCACUCUCAUUCAGUUGCUUCACAGACCAAUAUUCAUGCUUCGUCAUACACUGGCUCUUCUUCCCAAACACCGAAAUUCACCAACACAGCCAAUGCCACACCUCUUGGCUUUGAAAGAAGCUAUGCUUCCGCUCACAAGCCUUUCCACCCUAAAACUGUUUCCAGCCUGAUUCCCACAGUCAGUGCUUCCUCUAAAACAAACUGCAGUCCUGUAUCCACUGCUUCCACCAGCUAUUCUUUUACCGCUGGCAGCCAUCGUGCAGCUACAACUGCCCCAAGCCCAUCCCUCCUUACUCCUCCCAUCGCUCCUGCCAUUGCGUCUUCUCCCACCACUGUUUCCUCUAUCUUAACCCCCCCUGCAACCCCUAUCAUUACCAGCCCCAACUACUCAGACACUUCCAGUCCUAAGGAGGGAAAAUCAUUCUCAAGCAGCCCAGAAAGCGACCCAAAGAAACUGCGCCCCCGCGUGGAGGGAAAGAGAUUGAGACGAGUAACAUGGGAGGACUCAGUGGAUCUGAAGCAUUCUGAGACCAACACAGUCGAGCAGCCAGAGCCAUCUCAAGUCCCAACGAGCUCCAGGUCCCCACAGAGCGCCAAAGCUCCAUCCAUCUUUUCCUUUCUAAGAUCAAGCAGUCCAACCACAAACACAUCUCCUCUAUGCUUCCCUAGCCCUAAGACCUCCGGCAUACAGGUGGAGAAAGGAGGGAAGUAUCGAUCUUUAUCAUCCGACUCUGCUGAUUUAGCAUCCAGAGAGCGAGAGAGGUCUAAGCAAAGACCUAGUGACACUAUGAUCUCUAACCAGGGAAGACGGGACUUAACCACACCCAGACAGGAGAGGACACUAUCAGUGGAGUCUGGCACAGUUCAGUGCCGUUCUUCUGCUCCUCUCUCCCUCCCUCCUGACUUUUCAAGUGGUUAUAAGCUUCGAUAUAGCUCCCCACCUUAUUCUACUCUCAUGUCUACCAGGUCAACGCAGGGUGAAACUAAGACUAUAAUACCUAGAUCACCCCUCUUCCAACAGUCUCAGUCAAACUAUCCUCCACAUCUUUCCAUAUGUACUGAUCAAGUUGCAGCCAUGACCUUGCCCAUGUCCAAACCCACUCUGUCACCCAUCAGCCUACCCCAGCCCCUAUCUUUGCCUUUCCAGAACAAAACUGCCACCCAAGGAAGUACAAAGUGUGGGGUUUCAGAAACGGAUCAAGUCAAGAAUAAUCACAGCAAGAACAACAGCCAAGAUCGCCAGAAUGAUCACGUAUUACUUGUCGACAACAGAUUUCAUGAGGCACAGAACUCCUCCUCAAAAUGCGUAACUGAGACACUGGUUUACAGUAUUAAACCUAAAGUAGAUACAGCUACAGCUGCCCCAAAGAACACCACACAUAAACCUUUGCAACAUACUGCAAACACACAGGUUUCUCUGGAGACCAAGUUAAAUCAACAGUCGCACAGAGUGCAGAGUAAGGAAGCUGCAAGAGAAGCAUGUCGUCAUUCAGAUCAGAGCUCCAGUGGUAGCAGCUCAACAGAGAGUCAGCGCACUGGUGAAAGCUCUAACAGAAGAAUGAAGGAGGGUGUACUGGGUAAAAGCAGAUUUUUUUCAGUGGAGAGCAACAGUGAACAAAACCCAAAGAGAAGUCGGUUUGCAUUGAAGAAAAGUGUCAGCACACCAAACCCCAGUUUGUCAAGGUCAGACUCCGAGAGGGCUGGCAAGACUAAUAACAAAAUGGACCAGGUUCUUAACAGACUGAGACAAACAUUCAGCACCAGACGGUCUGAGGAUGAUACAUCGUUUCCAUGGAAAUGGAGGCGAGCCUCCCAAACACCUUCUGUUAGUGGAUCAAGUGAUGUCAGUGAUAUCACUGUUGAGAGUAUCAAAAAGCAAGAGCAGGAGAAAGGGAUGGUGCUGAAGGACAAUGAAAAGAGAACAGAGGAUACGACUAGAUGGACACAAAACAGAUACACUCUCAUACCACCCUCAGCUGCUGGGAGCACAAUGGCAGGAGAUGAACUUUACAUUUGGUCAGACAAAUCAACUCCAGAAACUGACCGGGGACAGCAGAAUGCUUGUGUGGAACACAUGGAAAUUCAAAACCAACCUCAUUUGACAAUCCGCAGCCCAACAACCCAACAAUUUGACUUUUACAAAGACAACAGGACAGAUUAUAAACCAACAAACCAGUACCUCUCUUGUGGAGAUACCAGUCCUGGUGGGAGCCCUAACCCCGCUGCUGAUUAUCCUACUCAGUUCAGGAAGUCUGCAUCCAGCCCCAGGAGCCCCUUCUCCCCCUUCUCCUCUCUUUCCCCCGUCUCUCUAUUUACCUCACCGGAUGUUACAGACGACAGUGUCUUCUAUAGCCCAAAGCUACACCGUCGCAGAGAAUGCUCCUCGCCAUGUGAGCCGGUAGAGGGAAUCAGCCUGGGGUGCUCAAGAAGAAGCCGGGCAUCCACUGGUCCUCCAAGUGCAGGUCCAGGACAGGACAAGGAAUGCUUGACAUCCCCUUAUGCAGACUUAAAAUAUGGCAUUGAGCCUGGGAGGUCGUUUUCUGUGAGUUCGGUACUGUCCAGUCGACCUUCGGGGCCUGGUCGCAUCUCCAUUGGAUCCAGGCACAUGAGUGUGGGUGACCUCUUUGAAUCAUCCUUGACAUGUGGAAGCAGUGGCAAGGACUUAGAUCAGUGGUCUGUUUCUCCUGAUUGGACCACAGAAUAUGAUUGCCAGCCCAGUAAGGACUGUCUAAUGUCAUAUUUCCCCAGUGACCCUGGUAAAAUGAGAUCGAGGUCUCUUCCUCGGUCACUGACAAGGCGCUUGGCAAAUUGGAGCUCAGAAGUCUCCGCUUCUCCACCUGUGACUACCACAACCUCAAAGCAAGCCCGCAUUUGGAGCCCUAACAUGAACACUUGUCACUUUGCAUGGGAUACAGAGGGUCCUCCAACCCCUCCUCCAACACCUCCCCUGUCACCAGUGUCCAGACGCAUGUCCAAACCUCCCAGCCCUUCCUCCCCCACCUUUCCCAGCUCAUCAGGAGCAUCACAGCAAGUGGACAGCCUGUCCCCCAGAGGGCUUCUGCCCUCCAGAGGUUAUGUAUCCAGCCUUAGCACCUUUGAGGAGUCUACAGACAGCUGCUCAGACACGACGACAGAUGAUGAAUAUUACUUGGAAACAGAUGAAGACGAAGAAAAAGAGACAGAGUUGUGAAAGCAGAAGAAUUGCUUUAAAUCCUCCCUUCUGUCAAGUCAAUGUGAUUCUGAACUUCAUUAUCUACGGGAAGGACGAUGGGCUAACAUCUAUUACGUAAAGUGACCUCCUCUGUUCUCUCAUUGUCACAGAGGAGACGUGAUGUCAGGAGGGACAGUUUUUUGCCUGCAUGAUUUCCUUUUCAACAGUGGUGGUUGCUGUCCUGUCAAAAAAACAUUAAACGAGUAAGCAUGAUAUUAUCAGCAUAGAUUUAAAGAUUAUAAUGAAUGUAUGUACAGUAUGCUGUAUAUAUCUGCAAUCUGCGUUGUUUAACAUUUAUAGUUUGGACAGUUGCAUGGCAUCAGUGAGGGAUGUACAUCUGUGUAGUUGUUUUAAUGAUCAAACUACUGUGUAAAGUUAACAUUUUGACAUAAGGCUUUAUCUUUAGGUUUGCAUUUCAUCCUGCCAGUUAACAAUAAGGUAAUGUUGAUAAAUGUGGUAUCAUGUGAUAUUUCAUCACCUGUUUUUCUUCUGUUUUAAGAUUGAAAUGAAUUGAUAAAUGUUGUAAGCAUAACAGAUUAAUUUUGUUAGUGUUGCAUUGAAAAAAUUUAAAAGUUUUGUUGAAAAACAUUUUUUUUUUUAAUUCUGAGAUGAAAUAUAAUCAUACUGUAUAUUAACAUUUGAUGUCAAACAUAAUAUGCUCUAUACAGUGCUUGCUCUUAUUUGCACAGUGGCAAUCUAAAGUCUUAAUAUAUCUAUUUUAUAAAUAAAUGUAAUAUAUCCAACAAUAACUUGUGUUUUUGGAUUAAUGUAUGUGUUAGGUAUAAUAUGCAAAAUGUUCCUAAAAAAACAAUGUAUAGACUGAUAAAAAAGUAAUCCCUCUCAAUCAUCA